UUAACAGGGCAAUUGGUCAGUUAGUAUUGGCCUGUAAUAUUUAGUAAUUAUGUCAAACAAUUACAAGCAUUUCUUUAGGAUUAUUUUAUUCUCAAUUUUGCUAUGUAGUUUCAUUUCAUCUCAAUCAAAUUGUCCUAAUUUAAUUACGUGUGGUGCUUGUAUAGGUUAUGCGUACGAUUCAUGUGUUUGGUGUUCAUCUGAAAUCCAUACUGGACCACGAUGUAAUUCGAAAGAUGUAGUAGAAGCUUCAUGGUGUUCACAAAAUGUAUCUGAAUCAAUUUUGAAACACAAAAUCGAACAAAACGAUGAUUUAAAUUCUGGUGAAAAUGGUACCAAAGUCCAAUUUACACCACAAUUAAUGACUGUCAAGGUCCGUCCAGGUUUACCUAUCAACUUCAAGAUGGCGUACAGACCUGCUAAAGACUACCCAUUAGAUGUUUACUACGUUAUGGAUUAUUCUUACACAAUGAGAGUAUACAAAGAUCUUCUUCAAAAACAAGGCCUUGAGAUUUACAGAGAGCUGACUCUGUUAACGAAUAAUGUUCGAUUGGGUAUUGGAACUUUUGUUGAUAAGCCUGCAUAUCCUUUUGUUAGAUCAGACAGCGUAUCAUACUCCUUUAAAAAUCGUUUAUCUUUAACGCAGAACAUGACUCAAUUCCAAGAUGUUCUCAUAGACAAUUUGUUCGGAUCAAACAACGACGACCCGGAAGGUGGUUUCGACGCUCUAAUGCAGGCCAUGCUCUGCCAGAAUGAAAUAGGAUGGAGGAAAACUGCAAGGCGAAUUAUAAUCUUAUCGACUGAUGCUACUUACCACAGCGCUGGCGAUGGUAAAUUCGUUGGUGCAGUCAAACCUAACGACAUGAAAUGUCACCUCGAAGACAAUAAUUAUAACAUGGACCUAGAUCUUGAUUACCCUUCUGUAAGUCAGAUAAAUAAAAUCGCUACCGAACACAACUUUAAAAUAAUAUUCGCAGCAGUUUCAUCUGUUAAAGAUCAUUACGAAGGUCUAGUGAAGAAAAUAAGAGGUGCGAAAUAUGUAGAACUAAGUGAGGGCUCAAAUUUGGUGACUAUGGUCAAAGAGGAAUAUCUAAAAUUAAUAAGAAGCAUGCAAAUAAACGCUGAAUUGCCAUCACAUGUUGGACUUGAAUUAAGUCCGGAUUGCCGAAAAGACGGGAACUGCAUAAUUAAACACAAUGAAUCUAUAACAAUUAAUGCAACUUUAACAGUCAAAGCUUGUCCCAGUUCUGAAGAAGCUAGCGAAGUUCUCGUGGGUCCUGUAGCUUUAAACGAGAAACUAAAAAUCAUAGUAGUGAGUGAUUGUGUAUGCGAUUGCGAACGUGAAAAUACAUACACGAAUGCUUCUCAAUGUAGAGGAAAUGGAAAAUACCAAUGCGGUAUUUGUACAUGUAACAAAAAUACUUAUGGUGACGAUUGUGGCUGCGAAGGCAUUUCAAGUGUUGAUUUAGAUAAAUGUAAAUUAACAGCAACAGCAACAGACUAUUGCAGUGGAAGGGGUACAUGCAGCUGUGGUAAAUGUAUACAUUGUAAGAAGGGAUUUUCUGGUGACUUCUGCCAAUACGACGACACCGCCUGUCCAAGUCCCGGCGGCAAGCUGUGCGCUGGCAGCGGGUUGUGUCGGUACGGGAAAUGUGAAUGUGCCCCCGGCAGGACUGGUCCCGGCUGCGAUUGCCCGCUUAGCAUUGAUACAUGUUUUGCACCACACUCCAAAGAGGUAUGUUCAGGAACUGGGAACUGCAUUUGCGGUGAAUGCCACUGUUUGCCAAUGAUAUCAACAAAUCGAACGUGUUCAGGAAGUUUUUGCGACAACUGUGACGAAUUCUCCGAGAAAAGAUGCUUAGAACUCGAAAACUAUGCGGAAUGUAAUUACUUCAACAACAAAACAUACUGCGACCAGUUGCACAACCAGACUUCUUUAACUGAAGUAAAGAUUGUUGAUAAAUUGGACAGUACACCUGCGGAAGAGGGAUUGGCUAAAUGGUGCAAGAAGGAGUUAGGAAACGGAACGCUGCUUUUCAAAUAUCUGUAUCCAAUUACUUCACCGAACACGCUACAUGUAAUUAUUGCAAAAGAAUUGGAGCAGCCACCUGAAGUUAAUUUAUUUAUUGCUGUAGGCGUUCCGUUUGGCGUUCUCAUUCUGUUAGGUCUCCUGACAAUAGUAAUAUGGAAAAUUUUAGUAGACCGACUCGACGCUAGGGAGUAUAAAAAUUUCGCAGAGAAGGCUACUUCAGCUGGCUUCACAGUACCCGGUAUUGUUAAUCCAGUGUAUCGCCCUCCAGUCAGUAACAUUAACAACCCAACGUUUGAUAGAAAUUUAUGAUUUUUUACAUACCACUAAACAAGCAAGAAGCUUCUUAAAUACGCCGGAUUAGCGAAGCAACCGCUACCCAUAGACAUCGACAAUUGGAGGUCCUUUACUAUCCUUAUACGACGGAGGGGGAACGCAAAAAGGAUAAUUCCUUGCCAGGCCAUCGAUGUUUCGUCGACAUAGUUUAAAUUAUUUAUUACUAGCUUUCGCGCGCGACUUCGCCGCGCGGAAUAAAAAAAGAC